GCUAUGUCGUGAACCACAGCAACAUGUGCGAGUUGUUGGGUUCUGAACAAAUCAGCCCAUUUGUCCCAUUGAAAAACUGUCUACUCUCGCACCCUUUGACACUGCAAAUUUCACAUGGACUUUCAUAUAUGUGUGUAAUCCACGUCAACAGCGCAUCUACAGAGUGCUCCUGCCUGUAUUGCCUUGGAGAGAAGGGAUGGCGAUGGGGCGAGAUAUAUAUUUUUGUGGGCUGUGGAUAGAUAUCCGCCGUGUGCGUGACAAGGUUAUCAGCAAACGGCUCAUUGACAUACAGGGGACAGGGACUCCCAGUUCAAGUCUAGAAUUGCGGCACUUCACCCGACCAAGAUGAACUUUCGAAUCCCAACUUGCUCAAUACGACGACCAGACCAAGAUACAAAGAGGCACGGCACCAGAGAGAGGAGUGGUGGUGUCCAGCAGCACCGCUGGGAUCCCCGUUAUUUGCUCGUACCGAGUGCUGCUAUUAUGGGAAGUGGUGUCGCCUCAUGUGUGAUCAUCUGGCUCCGCAUCACAACAGUGACGCUCUCAUGCUACUAGCUCGACUGCGCGCGUGGAUGGAUAGUCCGGGAUGUGAACAAGUCCUUCUCAUCCCCAUCACUGGCCAGGCGCGGACGGGGUUGAUCGGACAGCUCCACUGCUCAAACCGAUUCAGUAUGGCUCGAUUCUUUGUUUGCUCUUGCAUUCUCCCCCCGUUCAUUAGCCCAAGUCAUUGAGGGCAGUGAGGGCAGUAAGGGCUGAGGCUAAGCGAGUCACGCUCAAAGACUUUUUUUUUUUUACUUCUUUGCAUUGUCACGGUAGCUUACGUCUUAUAUUAGUGCCGGCAGCCUGGAAUUCGAUCACAGACCGGAGGAAACUUAGUUCCCUUUUGAUAUGGGGCUCGGAUGGUUCUCUCUCCUCCCUCCUCUGCCAAACUCCCCUUGAACAGCCGCCCGGCCAAAGGUAAAAAAAAACAAGGCAUCGUCUGCUAGUGAGGCAAACUCUGAUUGUUUUGGUUUACCUUACCCAAUCAUAUCACGC